UUCAGCCUCUGCUCCCGCUGCGACUGUGGCCCCCCUCGGCGCGGCUCUCCGCACUGCGCGUCCGCUGAGCCCGCCGCUCCCCGGCCCAUGUACUGGAAGCAUGAGAACGCCGCCCCGGCGCUGCCCGAGGGCUGCCGACUGCCGGCCGAGGGCGGCCCCGCCACCGACCAGGUGAUGGCCCAGCCUGGGUCCGGCUGCAAAGCGACCACCCGCUGCCUCGAGGGGACCGCGCCGCCCGCCAUGGCUCAGUCGGACGCCGAGGCCCUGGCAGGCGCUCUGGACAAGGACGAGGGUCGGGCCUCCCCCUGUACGCCCAGCACACCAUCUGUCUGCUCGCCGCCCUCUGCCGCCUCCUCCGUGACGUCCGCCGGCAAGAACAUUUGUUCCAGCUGCGGCCUCGAGAUCCUGGACCGGUAUCUGCUCAAGGUCAACAACCUCAUCUGGCACGUGCGUUGCCUCGAGUGCUCCGUGUGUCGCACAUCGCUGCGGCAGCAGAACAGCUGCUACAUCAAGAACAAGGAAAUCUUCUGCAAGAUGGACUACUUCAGUCGAUUCGGGACCAAGUGCGCACGGUGCGGCCGACAAAUCUAUGCCAGCGACUGGGUGCGGCGCGCGCGCGGAAACGCCUACCACCUGGCCUGCUUCGCCUGCUUCUCAUGCAAGCGCCAGCUGUCAACGGGCGAGGAGUUCGGCCUGGUGGAGGAGAAGGUGCUGUGCCGCAUUCACUACGACACCAUGAUCGAGAACCUCAAGAGGGCCGCCGAGAACGGGAACGGCCUCACGCUGGAGGGGGCAGUGCCCUCAGAACAGGACAGCCAGCCCAAGCCGGCCAAGCGCGCGCGGACGUCCUUCACCGCUGAGCAGCUGCAGGUUAUGCAGGCUCAGUUCGCGCAGGACAACAACCCCGACGCGCAGACGCUGCAGAAGCUGGCGGACAUGACGGGCCUCAGCCGGAGGGUCAUCCAGGUGUGGUUCCAAAACUGCCGGGCGCGUCAUAAAAAGCACACACCGCAGCACCCCGUGCCGCCCUCCGGGGCGCCGCCGUCCCGCCUCCCCUCCGCCCUGUCCGAAGACAUCCACUACUCCCCGUUCAGCAGCCCUGAGCGGGCGCGCAUGGUCACCCUGCACGGCUACAUCGAGAGUCAGGUACAGUGCGGGCAGGUGCACUGCCGGCUGCCUUACACCGCACCCCCAGUCCACCUCAAAGCCGAUAUGGAUGGGCCGCUCUCCAGCCGGGGUGAGAAGGUCAUCCUUUUUCAGUACUGACACUUCCGGCUCUUCAGCAUCUAUCCAUGGGCACCCCACAGCUGCCCCUCAGCCACUGAAAUCCGGUGUCCGAGCCACGGCCAGGGUUCCACCCGCCUCUGCAUCCAUCCCCAUCCAACAUCCUGCCCUUCACCGGCUUGGCUCCCCGGGCCUGGCCUUUCCCUUUCCUGCUGAGAACCAGAACCCUUCAGGAGCACCACAGAGUCUUCCCCUCAGGAGGCAGAGCUCCCUGAAAUUUGGAAUCAGGGUGAAAACAGCUUAUUUUUUCCAUUUAAACCGGAGUCAUCAUCAACUUUUGCCGAUUACAAUACUGAAAGGCAGAAUUGAACUGUGUGAUGCCAACAGCCUUCUAAUUUAUAGGUUUUCUUUCCCCGCAUAUUGGCCUUUAGUUACUACUUCCUUGGAAUCACCUCUGAAUUCUGAAUAACUGACAACUCCCAAUGUUAUCCACUCUGUUGCUUUUGUCUGGAAAACUCUACAGUGUUUAUGGGAUAUCCCCAAAGGAAAGCUAUGUUCUAAUUUUAUCAUUUCCAUCUGUCUGGUUAUGUCAAGUUAACUCAGAGAGAGAAGAUACACUGAGCAACGCUGAGAGGCCCAAUAGGGCAGAGAUGGAGGCCCAGACCCAGGAGCAGGGGACAAGGUGGGGGAUAGGAGGCUUCAGAACCCCAUUUGGUUUGGAGAUCAAGGAGAAGGACAUGGCACAUGGUGCCAGAAGAAGCACUAGCCAUUUUAAUGAGAGGAAAGAGAGAACUCGGCAGGGGUGGUAGUGGGGCUACUCCAUCCAGUUAUCCAGGGGAAAUAGCAGAGAUGGGUUUGAUCUUUGUGAUGACCCUUCUGAUUGGGCAGGUCAGAGUUGGGGACCCUUGUUUGCCACUUGUUGUCCUUGAUGGGGGUGCCUGGGCUGCAUCUUCUCUGGGGUGAACUAGUGAUGGAAGGCUGGGUCAUCCUGCUGCAAUUCUGGGGAACACAGCCCAGUGACAUGGAAGCCAGCAUAUUAAUUACAGCCCAGCUCUGACUAUAGAGAGGAUGCCCACUGCCUGGGUGGGAGUGCCAAACCCCAGGUUCCAGCUGGCACCUCUAGGCUUCCCCACCAAGCCUGCCCAGAGCCAGCCUCACCCACUCCUCAGAGUGGAGGCCAGGCACAGCUGUGCUCUUAUUCCACUCCAUCCUGCUUCAUCUCUUCCACCACGAACAAAAGGACCUGGGCUACACCCAACCAUGAUUUAUGUUUUCAGGGGACUUUGACUUGUCCCAAGCUUAUCCCUUAAUUCUAGAACUGCUUGGUAUCCUGAUGCAUUUCUCACUAGAGGCUGCUAUUAAGCAUGUUUUAGCCCAAGUCCUCCUUCCUGCUGUGGUUAAAUGUUAUGUUGCUUUUUGAAGGAGACUCUAGGACAGGGAAAGCAAGUUCAUGGUACAGAUGCAGCUGCUGCCCCUGUUCUUAACCACAGCAGGCAUUGCUAAUCAAUCAGAGCACACUAUCUCACUAAGUCUGGAUAAGGUUUCAGAGUCCAAAUGCUUGAAGCUGGCACUUAAAAUGAAAACCUGUAUGCCAUUCUUGCUCUGGGAUCUGGGGGAGAACUAGGCAGGGUUUUGGCCCAGGAAGAAGCUUGUUUCCUCUCCCUCCUGAAGACAGUUACAGCUGACCCAGGGCAAAGAGAGGGCACCACUCAGAAUGUGGUUACUACAGUUCAGUUCGGUACUCAUCUUGCAAGUAAUAGGUGCCUGGCCUAGUGCUGGGCCCUGAUGGUAAUGGGGUGACUGGGGAUGAUCCUUGGCCUUAGGGAGCACUAAUCUUUCCUUUGACUUUUUGCUCCUGAUGAUCAAAGUCCUAUUGCAACCACCUGGUCAAUGGCCAGCCAAGUCCUGCCCAGGGUCACUGAGUACCCACUCUGCCUUGAGCCUCUCCCGGGGUCCAUUCCUUGCGUGGAUCACAUGGCCAUAGCAUGUUCCAGUUCAAACAUGUCUCCACCAUCCUGUUAGAACAGCCUGGGAAUGUACAGGUUGUCAAGACUAUUUAUUUAAAUACAAAGGGGAAAACACACAUGGAAAAAAAUUGUAAGCACUUUUUUGUAAAACCAAUGUCUGUUUUGUUACAUACCUUUCAUGUCGUGCUUUGUAAAUGUCUUAUUUGUGUAAUAAAUAAAGUUAAUGCAAGUAGAAGUGCUGGCACUUAAAUCUAGAACAUCAUGGGAUUCCAUUUCUUUCCUGUUCUCUGGUUAAGGGCUCAGGCCCCUGGCUCCCAGAGUAUCUGGGCUGUUGGACAGUGCAAUCCCCCUUCCCAGAAAAUUGGUAUCAUUUUCCAGCUAGUAAACUGUGCAUUAUGAAGGCACACUGAACUGUUAUCUGAGCUUUGUAGGAAAUGAAGCUGGUGGUUGUCCUCCAUUAAGCUCCCUGAACACAAGCUCUCUGCUGGGCCCUGUGCUGACACUGCAGACUCAUAAGGGUCCCAGAGGAUUCUGCCCUGGGGCAGCUCCCAGUCUGGUAAAUGUUAUAAGCAGACAUUCUACAAUAGGCUGUGGGAGCCAAAGGAGGCAUCUGAGCUGGAGCCUAUCAGAUGAGAAGUUCAUAGAAUAGA